CCCAGGUGGAUCAUCACAACACACUAUCAACCUCGUGUAUAAGAAGUAGCAAGGGUACUCGAUGGCAGCUGACUAUGUAAAGUCUGGCCUCUGUUGUUCCGGCGUGGGGGUUGAGUUGCCAUGAAGACAUUCUUUUGUUUCCAUCCGACUGAUGCUAAAUGAUGCUCGUAGCCAAGGCCAUCCAACGCACUCCAUGCAUCAUGCAUAUUUUAGCCACAUGUUGCAUCGAACAAAUCCCAGGCCCGUCUGCGAGCUCGUGGGCUGGCCCCUUGCGACUACUGCUCAGCAUUCUGCCGCUAUCGUCUGGUCCCUCAGCCCAAUCAGCUUCACCCCCACCAGCAAGCAGCACUGGCAACCCCCCCUCAUUAGUUACGGAUUACCUACAAGGUGGCAGGAUGGCCGGUGAUGUGCAUGGACAGUCCCAGCCGCCGGCCUGGUUCCUGAAGCUUGAAGAACACAAGCACCGCCUAACCCCAAGUCCCCAUCUUAACACUACCUACUGAUAGCUCAGACGAGGUCUCAGCCGCAAUCACACCCUUCCUGUCGUACACACUUCCGCGACACUCUAUCCCAGGCUCCCAGGCGUUACGAGACGACAGCCUCUUACGACAUCGCCGUUGAUAUCAACCGCCGGAUGGGCCCAGGUGGAGACUCAUGUACAUGCAGACUGAGACAGGCCUGAUCCUUUAUCAUCUCCAAAUUCGCUGACCGAGAGACAUAACCUCCCAUUCGGCUCCUCAACCCGAAACUGAGAACCGGAAAAACCCAUCCUUGAAGCUUGUCCCCCGAUCUCGGGGCAUUUGUAAACCGCCCUCACGUGAGGAGACACUUGGUUUCUCUUUUUGCAGGAAAAGCAUCAAUCCUGGAACAGGCGCGUCCCCUACAAUGGCAGGUGCCUCGGGCUCCUCCUCCUCCUUCAACUCGUCCGCCUUUGGUGGCGUUCCUCCAUCCUCCCAUGGCCAGCACUCCAGCCCGCUCUACUCGACCUUCACACCCACUUCCGCUGCCAUCUCUGCUCUGACGGCAGAGUCGUCGUUAGCACAGAGUCCACUAGGGUCUCUAGACCUCGGGCCCCCUGGAUAUCACGCCACAAUAAAACUCUUCGAACGCACCCCAAACGAAACAACAAUCUACCUCGGCCCCUGGGAAGUCCUCGGCCCUUCCCCCCGCCGCAUAGUCUGGCAAUGCUCCUACGAAGGCGACACACUAGAACACUACCUCCCCUCCGACACGCCCUCCUCCCCACACUCGCACCCAUACACCCUCCACUCCCACCACCGGCGCUACUCCUCCCCCCACGAGCUCGAGCUCUUCGUCUCCUUCCCCCUCGAGCCCCACCGCAUCCGCUACAUCUCCCACACAGACGGCCUCACCUGCGAUGACUUGAUCGAGGUCAAGUACGAAUUCACCACCUUGGAAUCCUCCCUCAAUUUCCAGUCCGAUCUUCGCCAGAGAGACCUAGUGGACUGGUUUGACGUCGACGUCGUCUGGUCUGACGUCCACCGCAGGACUGAUUCCUACGGCAACGUCCGUGGGCUGGGAACGAUUCAAAGGAUGAAGCUCUGGAGGGACAGGCAUUCGAGUUUUCACUAUCUAAGCGUGUAUGCUAACCACAGGAGGAGAUGGAAAGAGUACCUGGUUGACAACUUUGAGAGGGAGUUUCGGCAACGGGAUGAUCGGCAUAGACGGUUACAGCUCACAGCCAAAGCCGCGGGGAGUGGGGGGCAAGGGCGGAGGGGGAGCGCGGCUUCGGGAAGUAGUGGUGAGCAACAACCGCCGCAACAGCAACCUCCUGCUCGCCGAUUCUCGGCUGCGUCCUUGUUUCUGGGGUCUAGUAGGCGAGGGGGGAGCAGCAGCAACAGCAGCAGUUCUUCCCAGCAGGCUAACGGUGGUGCGGCUUCCAUAGCGUCGCAGAACGAUCCGGACAUUCGAUAUCUCGGGAUUCAGUUUUCGAGAAAUGGUAAUGUACAGCCGGGGACUGAAGACUACAACAGGUUCAUCGUACGGUGGGAGGCGGCCCACGAUGCUGAUAGCCAGUUUGAGACACCAUACCCGACAGAGACUGUCGAGCUGCAAUCACCAUACAUAAACGGUCAAGAGGUGCCUAGGGAGUUUACGUUACCCUAUGUUAACGGGGUACACGGGAUAGCAGAACUUCCUUCACCUGAGCUGCUGGGGCUUCCCCCAGUAGCGGAAUCGGUUGAUGGACGUGAAUUUGACGGAACACAGUAG